AAGCUGAGGAAUCCGGAAGAGUCCACGAGGAAUUUCCCGCUGGCGAAUAAUUGAGAAAUUAAGCAAAAUGGAUGCUCUACGCUUUCGGGGCUCCCCUUUUGCCCGCUUUACGGGUCAGUCAACCGGACCGGGUCAUCCUCGUCCACCCACACAGGCGGUACGCCCUCAGCCGCAGGGCAAUCACAGCAUCAUCGCUCCCGAGCCGCUCAUUGUCGUGGAGGAGUCCAACCUGCCCGAGGAGCAGGAGCCAGAUAGCUCGGAGCCAACUAUUUCGAAUCGCGGCAGCUUGGAUAUCGAUUCGCCUGUUAAUCCUUAUUUGCUCUCGCCAUGGCGCGAUCCUCGCGAGGCUCGGAAGCACUCGCUGCCCUCGCAACAGGUCACCGAGGGCAUUACGGCCAGCCAGGUGCGUCGGUUGUCAGAGCGGGGCGGCGAGGGUUCAGGACCGACGCCCAAGGAGGCCGCCUUUCUGGCCACCCUGUCACAGGCGCCAGCUCCGACCGGAAGGCGUCAUUCGGUGGUCACCAUUUCAAAGGUGCCAACCACCAUUUUUGGUCGGUCACGUCGGGAAUCUGUAGCCGCCUAUCCCAACAGUAAUGGGAGCAGCCGCAUUCUAAACUCUCGCCGCGAGAGCAACACCGGCCCCCCUUCCACAGAUCCCAUCGGCAGCAUCCACAACCUGCAGCUGGACAUCAUGGACGACAUAUACUUGCAGUCGCGGAAGGCGCGCUUGAAGCUGUGGACCUCCUCCAACGAGAAGGUGUGCGAGGUGCAGACAGUGGAUGAGGCGGGCACUGGGCAGCCGGGAAGACGCUUCACCAAUCGCCGGUACUCCGAAUGCCCACAACCGGGACUGGCCAGCUCUUUUCGUCGCGCCUCCGAGUUCCCACAGCCGGGACAGCAGCAGCAGCAGCCACAACAGACUCCAUCACAGAAUCGCGCCUCGACGCGUCGCAAGAAAUCGGGUAGCGGCUCUGGACUCCUGGGCAGUCGCACUGACAUCGCUGGGAUCUUCAGCUCUCUGACCAGCUCGGCUAUGGACAUGCAUCGUCCGGAGCCGGAGGGCAGGGAUAACAAUAGCUCCAGUGCCAGCUCGUCGGCCACGGCCACGGCCACGGCCAGCAGUCCCUUUCUCAGCCAGACCUUCCAGGCGGCGGCUAGGGGCAGAGCCACUAGUGCCACACCAACACCGACGAAUAAUGUCUCACAGUGUGGAGCCACCGGUGGCGGUGGCAGUGGCUUUGGUACCACCGGCGGUCUACUCGAUCCCAAUGCCGGGCGCUCUACACGCUCCAAUAGCUUCGAUGUAUCCUUGCUGAACAACGCCAAGCAGCUGGUGAGCGAUGCCCAGGAUAAUGGAUCGGCGGCGUUGUCCGGUUGGUUUGCCAAGCGCCAUCAGCCGAUGGCGCGCAAGAAGAGUGUACGCAGCAAGAGCUCUGCGGUGGCCUUGUCCAAGGAUGUCCUGGAGCGGCUGCAAAAGAAGGAUCCGCUGGGCGGUGAUUCCGGCAAGCCGAAACUCAAGCCACGGGCCAAGCAGAAGAGCUGGGCAGAUGCCACCAAGGCGAAUAUCGUGGAUGCCACUAUACUGGGCACCGCCAUUGAGGGAUUUCUGCGCAAGAGCUCCAAUGCCAGCAUGGCGGGAACCGGUACGAGUGGCUCGAGUGGAAGCGGUGGUGGUGGGGCCUCUACAUCGGCGGCAGCAGCUGCUCGAGGUGCCACGCCCAAGGGCGGUAAAGAUACGGGCAGCGCCAGUGGUAGUCCGGCCCAUGGGGCACGUCGCAAUCGGGCCUCAAACGCUGGCAGCUCGGCUCAGUCGCAGGCGGGUCGGGCGGUGCGCUCCACAUUGAAUUGGUUUGGAAAGGCGGACGAGGAUGACUCCAAGGAUACGUGCGAUGCCUCGCUCUGUGCCACGCUCAAGGAUCUGUUUGUCAAAUAG